AUGCCGUACGCGUACGAGCACAUCCCCGGCUUGUUCGAGCUCACGACAUGGGAUGAGGACAUCAAUGCGGGUUUCGGACUCCGCUCGUCGGGGUGGCAUGAGUUCCGGAAGCACAUCGAUGAGCUGCAGCGCUCCUGUGCAGAGAACGAGCAGAUCAAGGUCAUGUAUACCGCCCGCCAUGGGGAGGCCGAGCAUAACAUCCUAUACCUCCGGUACGGGAUGCCGGACACGGACGAGGUCCAGCUCCGCUACCCGAUCAUUGACCCCGUGCUCACCCCCGCCGGACGCGAGCAGGCGACCAAUCUCGCCCACGUGUUCCGGCGAGAGAGCUCGAUGGGCAUGCCCCUCCCGACGCGCUGGUAUACGUCGCCGAUGCGGCGGCCUGGCGAGACCGUCGGCCUGACCUGGGGCUGGCUGUAUGGGAGGGGCGAGAACGACUUGCACGCCGAGGGGAUCCUCAGGCGCAGUUCGGAUCUGAGCCACGGUGUGCGCGCCGAGGUCGUUGAAGAAAUCCGCGAGCACCUGCAUGUGCAUCACUGCGACGAGCGGCUGGGCAAGAGCGAGCUCAUGAAGAUGUUCCCCGCCUUUGUGUGGCCUGACAGUAUGCCGGACAAAGAUACGGUGUGGCAUCCGACAGGGCGGGAGACGGAGGACGAGAUGGUUGCGCGCGCAGGCGAGGGACUGCGGAUUAUCAUGGACAGCGCGAGGGACGAUGUUUACAUCUCGAUGACGGCGCACAGUGGUGUUCUGCGCGCACUGUACAAGAACUUGGGUGUGCCGCCGCGCCGCCUCAACACGGGCGAGAUGAACGUCCUCGUCCUGCGCGUAAGCAAGGUGUAG